AUGGCUCUGUGCGCGUGCAAUGUCAGUCCUAUAAUAUGAGGAGAGAGAGAGAGAGAGAGAGAGAGAGAGAGAGAGACUGGAAAAAAGGCUUGGAGGAAGGAGACACAGACGACGACUAGGCUAUAACCCGCCAGACAGAUAGAUGAUCAUGAUCUCGGAUUUAUUUUAGAAACUGCAUCAGUGCAUCGGUGCUGUGGUUGGAUUAGUGAGCAAACGAGCGUGGGAAGAAUAGAAAAAAAUAAACAACAAACGUUUUGAGGUCGAUAGCGCAAGCGCAUGUAAGUAAAUAAAUAUAUAAAUAAGUAGAAACAGGAGGCGAGCGUCAUCCGCAGUGUGUUAGCUUUUAGCCUCCAUCUCUCCUUGCAGCACCUGCGCGCGCUCAGGCAUCAGGAGACGGAGGCACGGAGGAACACAAACACGAGCAGUGGCACAAACGUGGAUCUGAAGAUCAGUGUUUUAUGAUAUAUGUAUAUAUUUUGGGUGGGGGGGGAGAAAUAAAAAGGAAGAGCGAGGUGUUUGUAACAGUGCGGAUUGCCGUCGCUGAUGCACACAUGUCCGCGGGUGUGAAGUCGCCAUUCUCCGCCCUGCAGCGCGGACAGCAGCUCUGAUCUGGAUCACACACUGCUCACAUCCACAGGCCUGUAACACAGAACCACUGGCCUGCAUUUAAGACACGGGAUCAGAACCUUGGGCUGAUAGGACAUCAGAUCAAUAAGUGAUGCAGUUGAUGGUGCUCGGACGAGGAGGCAUCUGACUGGGUUUUUAUUCCCCACACCUAUUUUGCCAGACCUCCAACAUGGGACAACACUGAUUGAAGAAAGGAAAAAAAACGGCAUGUUGAUCGCAUCUUUAUUCUAUUCUUCAUCCCGCGACGAUUUCUAGGCCAAUCUUUCGAGUUUAUAAUUAUUUGAGUAAAGACCACAUCCAGGCUGAUGACUUACACAUGACGCCAAUACGGCAGCGCAGUCUUUAUAGUAGCGCUGGAUGUGUCUGUGCGCCCCCAUAUUUCUAUAAGUAGACCGCUAUAGAUUUAUUCAGCGUUCGUUGUCUUGGAGAUGUGCUGAUUUUAAAAACAGAUUUUUGGGGGAAUUAUUAAAAACACAGGGAUUAGACAAAUCCUGCACUGAUUAUUCUAUCCACAUCCUGACUGGGCCGGUUUUUCCUUCAGGCUUAUUGCUGGUGAAAUUCUUGUCUCUUUUUUUUCCAUUCUUUUUUUUUUGCUGUUUGGUCAGCAGCUGAUACAAGGCACUAAGGAAGAAUUGUCUCCAGUUGCGUUACGGACAUCAGGCUUCUGUCAGGCUUUGCACCCAUGGAUCAGCCCACCAAGCUGCCCCCAUCGAGUCCGUCCUCACCCACAGCAGCCUUCUCUGUGCCCAGUGCUGAGAAGGUGGAUGGCUUUCCACGUCGCUCCAUGCGCAGGGCCCGCCAGAGAAGGUCACACAGCUCAUCGCAGUUCCGUUAUCAGAGCUCGCAGGUGGAGCUCACAUCUCUGCCUCCACUCAAAGAUGCUUCAGUGGCAGAACUCCAUGAUCUGUUUUGUAAGAAGCUGCAGCAGUGUUGUGUGCUCUUUGACUUCCUGGACUGUGUGGCUGACCUGAAGGGGAAAGAGAUCAAGCGUGCAGCAUUAAAUGAGCUGGUGGAGAGCGUGGCCACCAACCGCGGCAUCCUCAUCGAGCCUCUCUAUCCUGAGGCCAUCAAGAUGAUCUCGGUGAACAUCUUCCGUACUCUGCCACCCAGUGAGAACCCAGAGUUUGAUCCAGAGGAGGAUGAACCCACAUUGGAGGCCUCCUGGCCUCAUUUACAGUUGGUGUAUGAGUUCUUUUUACGCUUCUUGGAGAGUCCUGAUUUCCAGCCCUCCAUGGCCAAACGUUAUGUGGAUCAGAAAUUUGUUCUGCAGUUGCUGGAGCUGUUUGAUAGUGAGGACCCCAGAGAGAGGGAAUAUCUGAAGACCAUACUGCAUCGUGUCUAUGGCAAACUGCUCGGCCUCAGAGCGUACAUCCGGAAACAGAUCAACAACAUCUUCCUCAGGUUCAUUUAUGAAACUGAACAUUUCAACGGAGUGGCAGAACUGCUGGAGAUUUUGGGCAGUAUCAUUAAUGGCUUUGCCCUUCCUCUGAAGUCAGAGCACAAGCAGUUUCUGGUGAGGGUCUUGAUUCCCUUACACACUGCCAAAUCUCUGUCCAUCUUUCAUGCACAGCUUGCCUACUGUGUUGUGCAGUUUAUGGAGAAAGACGCCUCUGUUACAGAACAUAUCAUCAAAGGGUUGCUGAAAUAUUGGCCCAAAACAUGCACUCAGAAAGAGGUGAUGUUCCUGGGGGAGAUUGAGGAGAUUCUGGAUGUGAUCGAGCCAUCCCAGUUCAUUUGUGUGCAGGAGUCACUUUUUAAGCAGAUCGCCAACUGUAUCUCCAGCCCCCACUUCCAGGUUGCAGAGCGGGCUCUGUAUUUCUGGAAUAAUGAGUAUAUUCUGAGUCUGAUCGAGGAGAACUGUCAGGUGAUUCUGCCUCUGGUCUUUGGCACGCUUUACAGAGUCUCCAAAGAGCACUGGAACCAAACUAUUGUGUCACUUAUCUACAACGUCUUGAAGACCUUUAUGGAGAUGAAUAGCAAGCUUUUUGACGACCUUACUGCCUCCUACAAGUUGGAGAAACAGAAGGAGCAGAAGAGGGAGAAGGAGCGUGCUGAGUUGUGGAAGGGGCUGGAGGAGCAGCAGGAGCGGAGGCUGCAGAGUCUGGGGGAAGCAAGUCGCAACCAAAAGAACCUGCAAGAGCGAGAGAACCUGAACAAGAAUGAGCCAGAGAGCAGCGCUGCCAAUGCCACCUAGAACACACAAAAACACACACACACACACACACACACACACACACACACACACACACACACACACGCACAUGCACAUGCACAUACACACACACAGACCAAUGCACAAGCCAAUAUGUACAAACAUGGAGAACAUAAUAAUACAUACUUUGUUUUACUGACAGUUUUUACUCUGGAACUUGCCAUCACCUCUUAAAACUCCUACACACACACACACACACACACACACACACACACACACACAUACA